AGGAGGGGAAAGGAGAGAGGACAAAAUAUUCAAAAACAAAGGACGCUUUUGGACGACAGAAAAAGUUCUCGUAAACAUUCAGCUCUUACAAGGAUGGGCAGUCUUCCAAUCGCCCUGCUCCUCUGCGGUUUCCACGUCCUCACAGCUGUAGCCCAAGCCCCGCAGGCUGGUAAUAAUGCCCUCUAUUCAAUGGUCACACGUUAUUUCAACAGACAUUAAGUUACAUGAUAUGUCUCUGUCUGUGAGUCAUGCCGUGGGUAGAGGUUGUUCCCAUGCUGGUUGUGUUGUUUCCCUGCUGGUAGAGGUGGAACUCCACAGAGGUGACUGGAAUGAAGAGGAGGCUUUGGUGUCUAUCUCUACCCUACCGCCUGACUGUAGGGAAGAAACGUACCCCUGCACCAGGAUGUACUCUGUCCACCGGCCCAUCAAGAGAUGCAUCCACUCCCUCUGCCUUUACAGCCUCCCUCGUGUCUAUGUGAUCAACAAGGAGAUAUGUGUUAGAACUGUCUGCCAACAGGAUGAGUACCUGAAGGCUGAGCUCUGCAGGGAGCGGUCCGGCUGGCCCAAACGCUUCCAGAGGUCAACCACCAAUAAGAAACGCUGUCGCAAUCGCCAUGGCAACCCCCAAACCUGGGAAAACAAGGCCUGAUGGGCCCAAGAUGGCGGAGAUGGAAGGAGGGGCGGAGGAAGAAGGGAGGAAGGAGAGAAGGAGUAGAAGGGAGGAAGGAGAGAAGGAGUAGGAGGGAGGAAGGAGAGAAGGAGUAGGAGGGAGGAAGGAGAGAAGGAGUAGGAGGGAGGAAGGAGAGAAGGAGUAGGAGGGAGGAAGGAGAGACAGAGUAGGAGGGAGGACACCCUUGGAGACAGAACACUGGGUUGUCUCCAUAAAAACAUCAUAAAUCCACCGCUCAACACCUGGUGCUAGCCAGCCACACACACACACAACCAGACACACACAAACAAACAACAUAUAUAUAACACAGUCCAUGUAACUCCAGUUAAGAACAGUCUGAGUCAUAUUUCUCAGUUCUGCUAUUAGCCCUGUGUUUUAAUAGAACUGUCUGUGAAUAUCAGGGGAGAAAUCACUCCCCACAGAUUGGACCUGUGUUUUAUUUGACACAGAUCAUGUUCUGUGCCGUUGCGGGCUGUAUAAUACUGUUCAGAUGGAACGCUGUUGAGUUCCUGUAGUUGUGUACUGUAGAGACAGUCUGAGAACAAUGUUAUCCACUCUGUCAUUACUGACACCUUAUUGUAAAGCACUCUAUCACAAUCCAAUACCAAAGCAGUGCAAUACUACAAAGCAGUGCAAUACUACCCAAUAAAAUGUCAUUCAUUGG